UUGAAGAGGGCCCCAAACCAGCAUCACCUAGAAAUAACAAAAGAAAGUGAAUAUAACGAAACGUUUUUGAAAUCUUUUGAUGGAGACAUUAUUGAUGCUUUGAAAAAAGAUAGAUUACAAAUUUUGGACAUCGCUCAAUCAGAGCGUAAAUGGCAGAGCUAUGCUUUUUUGAUCGCCACCGGAGAAAUAUUCCUCGUCUGCAUGCACUUGCCGGUCGCUGUUCCGCUAUGUUACUUUUCUGUACUUGCAUUCCAUCUCCUGAGUAGGGUUCUUCCAGAUACCCCAGAAGAAGUGGAUCCAAAAUUCUUCCUUCACACCAGAGAUCAAACGGAUAUUGCUCUAAGGUUUACAGAUGUGUCUUCUCUGUCGUCUUUCAAUCAUUCUAAGAGAACUUUCAUAAUAGUUCACGGGUUUCGCUCUAGUGGUGACGCAGAAUGGGUGAAAGAAAUGACGUCAAGCCUUUUGAAUAAGACUGAUGCGAACGUCAUUGUCGUCGAUUGGAAGAAAGGUGCAAAGUACUUAUUACGCUAUCAUCAGGCCGCAGCAAACACCGAAGUAGUAGGGGCCCUUCUGGCGCUAAUGGUGGUGAAUUUAGAACAUCAUCAAGGAGCCACCGAAACCUACAUUCACAUUAUAGGACAUAGUCUUGGGGCCCAUGUAGCAGGUUUUGCGGGGAAAUCACACAAGAAAACAAGAUAUCAAAGAAUAACGGGUUUAGAUCCUGCUGGUCCUUUUUUCAAGUAUCAAAAGGAUAACGCGAGAUUAGCCAAGACCGAUGCUCAUUUGGUGGAUGUGAUUCAUACAGAUGGAGAUGGGUUUGGAUAUCUAAGACCCUUGGGCCAUCUGGAUUUUUAUCCCAAUGGCGGCAACAUUCAACCGGGAUGUCUAUUUUCAUGUAAGAUUUAAUUACGUACAAAACAAAUGAAAGAAGUUUG